UGUCACACAGAGGGACGUCAUGAACGUUGCCACGGUAUUUUAAUUAUUAAAGAAUUUCAGUUGAACGUUGUGUGGGCACGUUGCCUGGAGACUGCUCGAGCACUUGUUGCUAUAGGAAACCUGGUCCAGAAGAACCGGCUCGCGACGAAUAUCUGAACGUUCUAGAAUUCCGCAGUAGGAUGUCAGCACUUCCUGCAAAGCCUGGCCUGCGCCACAGUGUGUCAGAGUGGAACAGCAACAACCACCAACUGUCUGCCACGGCACAACAUGAGCGGUUUGUUUCCAAUGUGAUCCGGCAGGAUGGGAGGUCACUACGCAACGAGACCAACUGUAAGACAACCUGGGAUGAAAGUGAUACCUGUCGCAGGCUGAGGGACCGGGCAUGGGAUGUUGCCCGGCGGAAAGAGGAGUUAGAAACCUAUGCACAGAAAGUGGACGAAGAGAUGGAGGCUCUGACCCUGUCCAAAGAGCAAACCGAGCAGGCCCUGGCUGCGACUGUCGUUCCCCUGGAGGUCGGAGGUGAGUGCUUGACGCUGAGGGACGGACGGCGAGGGUACGAGCUUGCCACCGACCCCGUGGACGAACAGCUGAAAAAAGAAGUGGAGCUGAUCGAGAGAAUGCAGCAAGUUCUGCAGCAGCACAUUGACAAGGCCUUCGAGCAGCUGUGUGUUUUGCAGGAGGCUCGGCACCAGCUGACCGCUGACCUCCAGAACAAGAUGGACGCCCUGGACAUUGAACUGUCGUGCCUGACGCUUACUAUCAAGUCACCUCAGAUCUCCCUGAAGACCAACCCAACUCGCAUACCGUCGGCUUCCUCCACCCCCCAGGAGUGGGUCCAGUUCAGCCAGUAUAAUGUGGCCCGGGCCCAGGAGGCCAUGCAGGUGUCCCAGCAAAUGAGGGAGGACAUGAGUCUCACCAGAGCCCAGUUGCAGAAUGAGUUGGACACACAGCGCCGUGCCACAGAGUUUGCUCUCCGUAAGCGCAAUCACCAUGAAGAGCAGGCCCGCGAUGAGCUGGAGUGGCAAAUAAGAAAUACUGAAGAUGAAAUGGCAGAAAUGGAGAGAGACAUCUACGGGCUGGAUGCAGAUCUGCAGGCAAAGAUGGCCUCCCUAAAACUGGCUCACACCCGACUGGAGAACAGGACCAACAGACCUGGCAUGGACCUGUGCAGAGACGAGGUGCAGCACGGCCUCGUUAAUGAAGUCCAUCAGCUGGAGGCCACAAUCAUGGUUCUGAAACAGAAGCUGUCUGAAGCUCAGCACUCAUUGCAGAAGAUGAAGCUCCAUCAUUCCCGCAUGUUGCAGGAUCUCUCCAGAAAACAGGAAGCCCUUUCUCUGGAACAACGAAGCAUGAACACCCGCUCCCGCCUCACACCAACCUCCUGCACCGAGAAAACCCCGGUGCUGCUGGUUCCACUCACAAACUCCAGCGGCAGGAGCAACCUGCAGCUGCUGGCUCAGUAAGAUGAGAUGGUAUCCAGUUUGUGAAAGGAAAGAGGCAUAAUCUAACACGUACAUUAGGGUGAUUUGUUUAUUUGAGCAUUGACAUCAUGUUUUUUUGUCCACACUUGAGAUUCAAAUCUCAUAAAGUCUUAAAUUUAUUUAUCAUCCCCAUUACUGCUGGAGGACAAAACUAAAUUUGAUCUAUUUAUUUCAAACAAGAAGUAUUCUCUUGACCUGUGUAGACCUUUGUUUGGUCAAUUUGCUUUGUGUUUUGUUGUUUUAAUGAUCAAUUAUGUACCUAAUCUGUGUCAAUUUAAAUUCCACAAAAUAACUAUAAUGUGGAUUAUAUGCUUGUCUCCUCCAGUCUUAAUAAAACA